AUGACGAAACUAAACAAACCUCUCCUUUCCGCAGUCACUGGGGCAAUUAUGGCUGUUAAGUUUUGUAUAUGGUCUACGAUGCCAAUAGCAUUGGUCUUUUGCAAUAUUGAGCCAAUUUGGGGUGCACCUCAAGUGCCAUGUUACUUUAGCUUUGGAGACUCAUUAGUUGAUAACGGCAAUAACAACAACCUAUCAACUUCGGCAAAAGUGAAUUAUCCACCUUAUGGGAUCGAUUUUCCUGAUGGCCCAACAGGCAGAUUCACCAAUGGCCGGACAAUUCUUGACAUCCUUGGUCAGCUCGUAGGAUUUGAGAACUAUAUUCCUCCAUUUGCAGCUGCAACAAGUCAGGACAUCAUAAAAGGUGUCAAUUACGGUUCAGGGGCAGCUGGAAUUCGCGAUGAGACUGGUAGACAAUUGGGUGAUCGCAUCAGCUUCAACAAACAAUUGCUAAAUCAUCAAAAAGUAGUUUCAAACAUUGCUUCUUUACUUGGAAGCCAGGCUGCAGCAAACGAGUACCUUGGGAGAUGUCUGUACACUGUUGUCAUUGGGAGCAAUGAUUACAUCAACAACUACUUAAUGCCACAGAUCUAUCCUACGAGCAAAUUAUAUACACCAGCUCAAUACGCAGAAGUCUUGGUUCAACAAUAUUCUCAACAACUAAUGACUUUGUAUAACAAUGGAGCAAGAAAAAUAGCCCUAUUUGGAUUGGGUCCAAUUGGUUGUACACCAGCUGAGAUAAGCAUAUACCGGACCACUACAUGUGUGGAUUCAGUUAAUGCUGCAGUUCAACUAUUCAAUGAUAAGCUCAAAUUUCUUGUGGAUGACUUCAACAGACAACUCACAGAUGCAAAGUUCAUCUACAUAAAUAUCACUAGCAUUCAAUCGGGAGAUCCUGCAACCAUUGGGUUGCAAAUUCUCAACCAACCAUGCUGCAAAGUUUCAGAAACUGGUCUAUGCAAACCUGGAGUCAGGCCAUGCACCUUUAGAGCCAUAUACCUAUUCUGGGAUAGUUUCCAUCCUACAGAGACUGUCAAUGUGUUAACGGCAACAAGAGCAUAUAAUGGUCUAUUACCUACUGAUGCCUAUCCAAUGGACAUUCGUCAACUUUUGCUGCAACUAUGCACAAUUAAAUCGACAACCACCAUUUGGCACCAUAACCUUGAAUCUCUUCAUCCUUCUCUUAGUUUCAUCAUUUUCAACCCGCAAACAACUUUAGGUGCACAACAGAUCCCUUGUUUCUUUAGCUUUGGGGACUCAUUAGUUGAUAAUGGCAAUAACAAUAACCUUAAUACAACUUCCAAGGCCAAUUACCGGCCCUACGGAAUUGAUUUUCCUGAUGGGCCAACAGGCAGAUUCACAAAUGGAAGAACAAUCAUCGAUAUUGUUGGUAUCCUCCUUGGAUUCAAUGAUUUCAUUCCACCAUUUGCAACUGCAAGCGGUCAAGAAAUCAUCAAAGGCAUAAAUUAUGGUUCAGGAGGAGCUGGAAUUCGCGAUGAGACUGGUAAACAUCGGGGUGAUAACCUCAGCUUCAACAAGCAAAUGCUUAACCAUCGAACAACAAUUUCACGCAUUGCUUCCUUGAUUGGAAACGAGACCUCAGCAAGAAAGCACCUAAACAAAUGUCUGUACAGUGUUAUGAUCGGUAGUAAUGAUUACAUCAACAACUACUAUUUGCCACAAAAUUAUAACUCAAGUAGCAAAUAUACACCAGAUCAAUAUGCUGCAGCCUUGAUUCAACAAUAUUUGCAUCAACUAAUGACUUUGUAUAAUUAUGGAGCAAGAAAAUUGGUCCUAUUUGGAUUGGGUCCUCUUGGUUGCAUCCCAACUGAGAUAAGUAUGUUUCCCACACCAACAUGCGUUGACUCAAUUAAUGAUGCAGUUCAACUAUUUAAUGACAGACUUAAGCAACUUGUUGAAGACCUUAAUACGAAGCUCAGCCAGGCAAAGUUAAUUUACAUCAAUGUCUCUAGCAUUCAAUUUGGUGCUCCGGCAAGUAUUGGAUUGCAAAUUUUCAAUCAACCAUGCUGCCAAGUUUCAUCCACCACGGGUUUAUGCAUUCCUGGACAAAAACCAUGCAUUACUAGAGCUUUUAACUUGUUUUGGGAUGAUUUUCAUCCUUGUGAAACUCUGAACCUGUACACUGCAGCAAGAGCAUACAAGAAGUUGCUACCUUGGGAUGCCUAUCCAACGGACGUCAGCCACCUCGUUCUGGAAUCAUGA